AUUGAAUUCCCACGUUGGAAAACAGUGAUUUCGAAAUCUGAUAACCUUGUGUGGUAUACUAAAAAGUAGCAGAAUCAACUAUGAGUGAUGAUGCAACCAAAAAACGAGGAAAGGUCAGCGGGAAGUCAACAAAAAGAAAAUCUAAGAGGAGGGAGACCUAUGCGGUUUACAUCUAUAAGGUUUUGAAACAGGUUCAUCCCGACACCGGUAUCUCGAGCAGAGCAAUGAGCAUCAUGAAUUCUUUUGUCAAUGAUGUCUUCGAGAGAAUUGCGACAGAGGCGUCCCGACUGACCCAGUACAACAAACGCUCAACCAUAACCAGCCGAGAGGUGCAAACGGCCGUUCGUCUGCUGUUGCCUGGAGAGCUGGCAAAGCAUGCCGUGUCCGAAGGGACUAAGGCGGUUACCAAGUACACUAGUUCAAAGUGAAUACCAAAGUGAAAAGGAGGAUGGUUGCACAUCAGCUC